GCACCAACACACACCACCAUCUGAGCAUCUCACUCCAAGAACCUCACUCAGAGCCAAGCAAUGGCCGCCUCCACCAUGGCGCUCUCCUCCCCGGCGAUGGCCGGCACCCCGGUGAAGGCCUCCAGGGCCUCCCCCUUCGGCGAGGGCCGCAUCACCAUGCGCAAGACCGCCGGCAAGCCCAAGGUCGCCGCGUCCGGCAGCCCGUGGUACGGCUCCGACCGCGUGCUCUACCUCGGCCCGCUCUCCGGCGAGCCCCCGAGCUACCUCACCGGCGAGUUCCCCGGCGACUACGGCUGGGACACCGCGGGCCUCUCCGCCGACCCCGAGACCUUCGCCAAGAACAGGGAGCUGGAGGUGAUCCACUCCCGCUGGGCCAUGCUCGGCGCCCUCGGCUGCGUCUUCCCCGAGCUGCUCGCCCGCAACGGCGUCAAGUUCGGCGAGGCUGUCUGGUUCAAGGCCGGCUCCCAGAUCUUCAGCGAGGGCGGCCUCGACUACCUCGGCAACCCCAGCCUCGUCCACGCCCAAAGCAUCCUCGCCAUCUGGGCCUGCCAGGUCGUGCUCAUGGGCGCCGUCGAGGGGUACCGCGUUGCUGGUGGCCCGCUCGGUGAGAUCGUCGACCCACUCUACCCAGGUGGCAGCUUCGACCCCCUGGGCCUCGCCGACGACCCGGAGGCCUUCGCUGAGCUCAAGGUGAAGGAGCUCAAGAACGGCCGCCUCGCCAUGUUCUCCAUGUUCGGCUUCUUCGUCCAGGCCAUCGUCACCGGCAAGGGCCCCCUCGAGAACCUCGCCGACCACCUCGCCGACCCCGUCAACAACAACGCCUGGGCCUUCGCCACCAACUUCGUCCCCGGAAAGUGAGCUUUGUCCGCUCUCUAGCACUAGCGCCUGCGUGCGCUUGGCCGACAACUUCAUUGCUGAUGGAUGCUGCUGCAUGUGUGUGUCGUGACUGAUGGAUAUCAUGUACGUUAAGGCCAGUCGAGAUGGGGAGUUGGUGUUGUACACUAAAGAUGAUGCUGUUUGUGGUUAUUUCUCAGAUUAAUCAAGGCAUCUUUCGUCUUCUACUUA